CGCUCGCCAGCGCAGCGCUUCUUCCUUGAAAACGACCUUCUGUUCGCGACACGAACGAUAGACGGCGAUAAGCAAGGUGCGACUGCCACGUUAACGCCGAGUGACAGAAACAAUCAAGCAGACAAACAUAGUAACGUUUAUAUGAGUGGGCCGUGUUUUUCGGUCGUCUGCUUCCACGCGGGCCGCAGUUUUGCGGUUGCCGAGCGACGACGGCGAAUCGAUGCGCAAUCAUGACCGCAAUUGAGCGCUCUUGAAUAGUUCUUGAUGAACUAUGCACGUGCCAGUGGAACCCCCGCUGUCUUACGUCUCGGUCCUCACUCGCUGGACCCUGGAACCGCUACGAGGAAGUUGUGAUACGGGAAGAACUGCAUGCCCGAUGACCAUGCCAGUGAAGAAUAUUUCGGGGGGUGGCGGGGGUGCAGCUCCCCCUGCCACAGACCCCCUCAGCACGAGCAGUCGGCUGCAGCGAAACUUUGCCGAGAAGCAGCGGAGGGACAAACUAAAUAGCUACAUCAAUGAGCUGGCGAACAUUGUGCCCAUGGUCUCCAUGGCGUCCAAGCGACUCGAUAAGACGAGCAUCUUGAGACUGAGCGCGGCGCAUCUUCGCUUCUACCAGACCCCUCUGGUAUCCGGGGCUGACCGGGGGGGCAAGGUGGCAAAGCCCACAAAGUGGAGGCCAAAGUUCCUGAACGUUGAUCAUCUAAAAGAUCUCCUGGAGGUAGUUGAAGGAUUUGUCUUGGUAACAUCAACAACGGGGAAGAUAAUCUACAUCUCUCCUUCGGUGGAACGCUAUUUGGGCCACCAAAACAUCGAGAUGAUCGGCCACUCCAUCUUCACGUUCCUGCACUCUGCAGACGUGCAGGCGGUGCACGAUUGCUUCGAGUCAUUGCUGCAGGGACCCAUGCGACGUCGAGGGGACACAUACGCGUCUGACCGGUGUUCCUUUUUCUGUCGGAUCCGAGAGCGAAGUCAGCCUCGCUCUGAGGUGCUCACCUACCAGGUGAUCCAGGUGGUGGGUCACCUGACUGGCCCCGCUGAGGGCAAUUCCGAGCAGGCGCUUGUGGCGUCGGGAGGAAGAAGCUUUCAGGAUGAAGAUGAGGAAGAUGUGUCACAAGGAGGGAGCAACUACCUGUUCAAAACAUUUGUGCGCGUAGUGAACACAAGUCCGUACAAAGAACUGUCACUAAUGGACGCCAUCCAGGACGAGUACGUCACACGGCACAAGCUGGAUGGCACCAUCAUCUUCGCCGACCACAGGUUAUCUACGUUAACGGGUCACCUGCCGCACGAAGUGCAGGGCAUUUCAGCGCACAAGUACCUCCAUCCAAGCGAUGUGGCCAUCGCACUGUUUGCACAGAAGCAGAUGUUUGCCAACGAUUCGGGAAAAGGAGUGGUUGUUUACCGGCUACGCACCCGGGAUGACUCCUUUAUUUUCUUGCGCAGUGCAGGAUACCUGCAGUAUGAUCAAGCAACAAUGCAGGUGGACCAUUUUGUCUGCAUCAACAGCCUGAUGACGCAGCAGGAAGGCGAGAAAGAGCUUCGCGGUUUCUUCGAUCGGUUCUCACCGCACAUCACCUCUCUCACGGUGCAGGAACUCAACGAAUUCUUCUCGUCGAUGCAGGCGAGCACCCUGCGGCGCCUGCAGCGCGCCGCGGAGGCGCUCGGCCCUCCCGGACUCGCAGCCAUCAGCCACGGGGGCGAACCGACGCCUUCUCUGGCGCGUGUGGUUGAACCCAACUUGUACUUAGGCUCAAAUUGCCUGGUGAAAGUGAAGCGAGAACCGCACGACCUGCGGGGUGACGCCCUACUACACAUGGACCACGAGCACCGGUUCUCCCCUCCAGAACCCCCGGACAACCAGUAGCCGUCGCUUCCCCGGUGUAUUUGUACAGCUCAUCUCGCCGUUCAGGUGUCAUUCUUGUGCAGAAAUCAUCGUUCACCAUGAUGAUGAUGUGGGGCUGCCCGGUGCAAUAUAGAAGUCUGCAGGGACCAAAAAAAAAAAAAAAGAAAAAUCCUUCGCUCGGAGUCCAAAAGUGCGUGGCCUACAAAGUGCUACUUAUAUUGGAAGGUGGGCCUUAGGAGAGUCGAAACCCGCUUCUUUUUUUUUUCCGUGUCUAGCCCAGUGAAGAAAAAGCGUAUAGUUUUUCUUUGUUGAUGUUGCAGAGAUUAUUUUUAGAGUUUACUUUUUUUUUUAUUCGGCGAAUCUCUCUACCUAUAUGUCAUUACGGAUAGUCUGAAGAAGGACCGGAAUGACGCGUUGGGCGAGGGGAGGUUUGCCCUUCCUCAAGUACUAGGUGGAGCACUUACAAGAUGGUGUCGAUACAAAGCAGACAGCGUUAGAAUUUACGGGUUUGUUACUCUGUUCAUGAAGUUACUGAUUGUGGCUUUUGCAGAAUCAAAUUAAAUUAAAGAGAAAAUUUUGAAUAAUCAAUUGGCAGAGUUUAUUCUGCGUGCCAAAUAAUCGAGGUGGCACAGGACUGGAUUAUGAUAUUAUGCAGUUACUUGCAUUAAUUUAUGAAUGCACUAUGUUGCAUAAAUUUAAGUACGUAUUUAUUGUGCUUAAAAUGAUGCCUAAAGUACUGCUGUCAUAAAAAAAAAAAAACUUUUUGUCAAAGGAAGUACUUAUUGCAGGCCAUUCCAAUUAUUUUCGAGACUGUCCGUACAGCUGCACAAAAACUGGUCAACCUACACUUUCCUUUUUCGAUCGCUUGAACUUUUGGGAGAGUACUGGAGGAUUCUAGUCUUGAUUGUUCAAAAUAGGAGCGGGUGUGUGCGGGCCUUAAAGAAACGAGAGGACUAUUUUCAUACGACUACCGGCCAAGAGACUAUGUCGUCUGCUCAAGGAACGCCUCAACCUUGCAUUUAAGCACUGCUGCAGCUUUUUGGGGGGGAGGGGAGAUAUCCUCUUUCUCUGAGCAUGUAAGGGUGUGUGUGGAAGAGGACGGUUACCAUUGCCCCAUUUUUUUGUUCAGUCUUUUUUUUUUUUUUUUCAUUUUCAUGAAUGAUGUGAAAAUGUACAGAAGACUUAUUUAAGAAGACGUUUAUCUCCGAGUGUGCGCACAGUGCCAGUAUUUCCCGCCGUCCGAGGAGAGGAUGCUGGGAGAGCGUGUUUCUUUUUUUUGUGCAAUUUAAUAUAAGGAGCUUUGUGCAUGGAAUGUGAUAAACUGUCGAGUAAAAAAGAUGUCAGUUCGAUUGAAAUAAAAAAUGUACAUAGACA